AUGGAUCCGCAACUGUUGAACUCUUUACCGGAAGAGGAUAAGACCAAAAUGGUCGCCAUGAUUGAAACCAUGCAAACGAGAGAUAGUUUGAGAAUGUACAACAAUUUAGUCGAGAAGUGUUUCAGCGAGUGCGUGAAUAGUUUCCGAAGGAAGUCUUUGGAAAAAGACGAGGAGAGGUGCGUGAGCAAGUGCUGCGAAAAAUUUCUGAAACAUAGCGCGCGAGUGUCGGUGAGGUUUGCAGAGCUGAACGCGCAGACUAUGGAGCAACCGCCGCCUGCUGCGUGA